AUGAUGUCGUACCUGAAAGUUAUGAUCAUAUGGAACACACUUUGCUUAUCCCUGGUGGUCCUUUCACUGUCCUUCAUUCCAGAAGUGUCUUCUCAAGAUGUAUCGAGCUGUACAGGGAGAUGUGGGGCAGGGUAUUCUAGAGAGCAUGACUGCCAGUGUGAUUUUAACUGUCACCACUACAUGGAGUGCUGCCCUGACUUCAGGAAAGUCUGCAUAGUGGCCGCCUCCUGCGAGGGACGCUGCUUCGAAACCUUCGAGAGGGGAAGGGAGUGCGACUGCGAUGCCGACUGCGAGCGGUACGGAAAAUGCUGCCCAGACUACGCCAAGCACUGUAAAGAGGCACACACAGAAAAGCCAACCCCGGAGACUCCUCCAGAAAACAAAUCAACAUCUAAAAGAUCCUCCACAGAUGAGGAAGAGUCACCAGAGGAAGCAGUGGAAGAUCCUGAAAUCCAAGUGACCACUCCUGCUCCAACCACAGAACCUGCACAGACAACCCCUGAGGCCACAGAGGAACCAGCGACCGAAGCCGACCCUCCUACUCCAGAUACAACAGAAGAUGUGACCCCUGAUGCCACAGAGGAGCCACUGACUGAAGCGGACCCUACGGAUUUACCCCCAACACAAGACCCAACCCCUGACGCCACCGAGGAACCAGCAACUGACACCGAGCCUCCCACCAGCCCCACGCCUGAAGAGACAACCCCAGAGGAGCCGACAACACCAACACCAGAGGAGACAACCCCAGAGGAGCCGACAACCCCAACACCAGAGGAGACAACCCCAGAGGAGCCAACAACCCCAACACCAGAGGAGACAACCCCAGAGGAGCCGACAACACCAACACCAGAGGAGACAACCCCAGAGGAGCCGACAACCCCAACACCAGAGGAGACAACCCCAGAGGAGCCAACAACCCCAACACCAGAGGAGACAACCCCAGAGGAGCCGACAACACCAACACCAGAGGAGACGACCCCAGAGGAGCCAACAACACCAACACCAGAGGAGCCAACAACACCAACACCAGAGGAGACAACCCCAGAGGAGCCAACAACCCCAACACCAGAGGAGACGACCCCAGAGGAGCCGACAACACCAACACCAGAGGAGACGACCCCAGAGGAGCCAACAACACCAACACCAGAGGAGCCAACAACACCAACACCAGAGGAGACAACCCCAGAGGAGCCAACAACACCAACACCAGAGGAGACAACCCCAGAGGAGCCAACAACACCAACACCAGAGGAGACAACACCAGAGGAGCCAACAACACCAACACCAGAGGAGACAACCCCAGAGGAGCCAACAACCCCAACACCAGAGGAGACGACCCCAGAGGAGCCAACAACACCAACACCAGAGGAGACAACCCCAGAGGAGCCAACAACCCCAACACCAGAGGAGACAACCCCAGAGGAGCCAAAAACACCAACACCAGAGGAGACAACCCCAGAGGAGCCAACAACCCCAACACCAGAGGAGCCAACAACACCAACACCAGAGGAGCCAACAACACCAACCCCAGAGGAGCCGACAACACCAACACCAGAGGAGCUGACAACACCAACACCAGAGGAGCCGACAACACCAACACCAGAGGAGCCGACAACACCAGAGGAGACGACCCCAGAGAAGCCGACAACACCACCAACACCAGAGGAGACGACCCCAGAGGAGCCAACAACACCAACACCAGAGGAGACGACCCCAGAGGAGCUGACAACACCAACACCAGAGGAGCCAACAACACCAACACCAGAGGAGCCAACAACACCAAAGGAGACGACCCCAGAGGAGCCGACAACCGCAACACCAGAGGAGCCAACAACACCAACACCAGAGGAGAUGACCCCAGAGGAGCCGACAACAUCAACACCAGAAGAGACAACCCCAGAGGAGCUAACAACACCAACACCAGAGGAGCCAACAACCCCAACACCAGAGGAGACGACCCCAGAGGAGCCGACAACACCAACACCAGAGGAGACAACACCACAGGAGCCGACAACACCAACACCAGAGGAACUCACAACCCCAACACCAGAGGAGACGACCCCAGAGGAGCCAACAACACCAACACCAGAGGAGACAACAACACCAACACCAGAGGAGCCAACAACUCCUCAUCCAGAGGAGCCGACAACCUUGCCUGACUCUCCCACCACCCUGAAACCUGAAGAGACAACCUUGGAGGAGGCAACAACUCCCAAACCUGAAGAGACGACCCCAGAGGAGCCAACAACCCCAACACCAGAAGAGAUCACACCCAAAGAGGUGACAACCCCAACACCAGAAGAGGAGACAACUCCUAAACCAGAGGAGACAACCCCAGAGGAGCCAACAACCCCUAAACCAGAGGAGACAACCCCAGAGGAGCCAACAACCCCCCCACCAGAAGAGACAACCCCAGAGGAGGUGACAACCCCCACACCAGAGAAGCCAACAACCCUCAAACCCAAAGAGACAACUCCAGAGGAGCUGACAGCCUUGGCUGACUCUCCCACCACCCUGAAACCUGAAGAGACAUCCUCGGAGGAGGCAACAACUCCCAAACCUGAAGAGACAACCGCAGAGGAGCCGACAACCUUGGCAGACUCUCCCACCACCCCUAAACCUGAAGAAACAACCCCAGAGGAGCCAACAAUCCCCAAAAUAGAGGAGCCAACCCCAGAGGAGCCAACAACCAAGGCAGACUCUCCUACCACCCCCAAACCCAAAGAAACAACCCCAGAAGAGCCAACAACCAAGGCAGACUCUCUUACCACCACCCCCAAAGCUGAAGAGACAACCCCAGAAGAACCUACAACCAGGGCAGACUCUCCCACUACCCCUAAACCUGAAGCAACAACCCCAGAAGAAAGUAUAACCAAGGCAGACUCUCCCACCACCCCUAAAGCAGAGGAUGCUGACUCUCCAACCAUCCCUGCAGCCCCUGAGGUCAGUACCACUACCAGUAAAGCCACAGCUUCUCCAGGCAGUGCUGCACCCACAACUGUUGGGAAGGACUCCCCCACACUUGGGGCAGGCACGAUGCUUUCAGAUACCACAAUAGAGAACAAGGAGACAACAACACCAAAGAAAGACAGAACUACUCUGCUUAAAGACCUUUUCACAGCUGCAACUGGGAAAGACACAGUUACUGUAGCUAUGAUGACAACAGCUAAACCAGGUGAUUCUCCUAAAGGUAUGGAUGACAUUCCAAACACAGCCCCUACAGCCAAGGAACCUGUCACUGCAGCAGCUGAAACAACUUCUACAGACACCAAGACUGCAACAACAGCAGCUUCAGCUCCCUUGUCCAAUCCCACUAUGCUGAUAACAACCAUCAAAGAAGAUUCAACUCCUCAGCCUGGUGAGGCUGUAACACCAAAUGAAAAAGGGACAACUACAGACACCGAGCAGGCUGGCCCAGCAGCAGACAAAGAGAGCCCAGGUGCUACUUGUGUUAUUGUGGAGAUGACAACGGCUGGUAAAAAAGAUGUAACAACCAUUAAAGAAAUGGGUACCACACCUGAAAAAGAAAUGGAAGAUGUCACUGAAAAGGCCCCUAGUAUUGCCAAAGAAGAGGUAACUACAGUUACCAAAGAAACCACAACAAGGGAUAAAAAGGACACAAUAGAAGAAAUGUAUCUUGUGUCUAAUGGGACAUCCAAGCCAACAAUACAUUUCCAGGAGAUCACUGAGGCCAUAGAAGAGCCUCACCCAACUGAACCUGAAACUCUGCCAGCGAAAGAAGAGCCUGAGAUAAACAAGCCUUUAAUACAAGCUGGGGACCUGCCAAUAUUCCCUGGAGAAACACAAGAGAAGAACGACGAGAAGGACCUGUGCAGCGGCAAGCCAGCGGACGGCAUGGUGGCCCUGCCCAAUGGCACCCUGGCCGUCUUCCGAGGUCACUAUUACUGGCUGCUGAACGGCCGGACCCCACCGACCACCAACCCCCGCCGGAUCAGCGACGGCUGGGGCAUCCCCUCGCCCAUCGACUCCGUCUUCUCCAGGUGCAACUGCGAUGGGAAAAUCUUCUUCAUCAAGGGUCCCCUGUACUGGCGCUUCACCAAUGGUGUUAUGGAUAAUGGCUAUCCCAAACCUCUUGCAACUGGAUUUGCAGGGUUAAGCGGGAGAAUAGUAGCAACCCUCCCUGUGGCAAGAUACAACAACAGACCAGAAUCUGUUUAUUUUAUCAAAAGAGAUGGGAACAUGCAGCAGUACGUGUACAAACAAGAACCAGCCAAGAAGUGUCAAAGGAGAGCCCGGGUUACCAUCAGAUACCCAGCCUUUGUCCCCAGAGUUGUCAUCCGGCGACGCUUCCAGCGUGCUGUGCGAAUGCCGACCGUCAUCCGCACCGUCAGGAUCAACUCCUACCCCUCUGGAGUUCUGCGCAAGGAAGUCCAAAUGACAACGUACUGGAGAGGGCUCCCCAAAGUUGUCCACUCAACUCUCUCCGUGCCCAACCAGAACAAGCCUGAUGGCUACGACUACUACGCCUUCUCUUACAAUCGGUACUACAGUUUGGAUAUUGGCAAAAGAAUAGCACGGCCUGUUACUGCUCUUACAGGAAAGACUGUAUCCAAAGACUGGUACAACUGUCCCAGCAAGUGAGGCACAGCAGAG